AUGUCUUCAACUUCUUCAAGCGAUUCCGAUAAUAGUAGAAGACGGCGCCGACCAGGACCACCUCCUCCCCCUCCACCUUUUCAGGGGAACAAGAACAAUUCAAAGAAGAAAAAGAAAUAUGUAGCCCCUCAAGAUACCAUCGAUAAACUUUGGUCUCGAUUCUCCGUAUCGAAAUUUAGUAAAGCUACAAAGGUUUUACCAAAUGCAGCACCUUUUUCAAGAGGCACAUCUGCGAAGACUGUUAUUGUUCCUCCACCUGGUCCGCAGAACCAACUUGUUUCGGAAGACUUCGAACGAGCUGUUCAAGAAUGUAGGGCAAAGGUUAGGAAACUUGUUAAGGAAUGUAGGAGAGUUAAUAUGCGAUAUCGCGACCCAAGUUUCGAUAUUGAUUGGGAUUUGAAAUGGGAAAAAGGAAAUUGCUUGAAUACACUUGCGGAAACCAGAUUUGAAGUUUGCAAACAUGCCCUCUCAAAUCCCUCGUCUUCCGGGCCCAGGGCUGUGAAAAGAGUCCACGAAAUAUUUGAUAGGCCUACAUUUUUGGAGGAUAAAAUUUCCCCUUCGGAUGUUAGACAAGGAAAUCUUGGUGAUUGUUGGUUGAUGGCAAGCUUAACAGCAUUAGCAAAUACAAAAGAGGGGAUUCGAAGAAUAUGCGUAGAAUGGGACACUAAGAUCGGGAUAUAUGGCUUUGUGUUUCAUCGUGAUGGUGAAUGGAUCAUAUCGAUUAUCGAUGAUAAGCUUUACCUCAAAUCACCAGAUUGGGAUUCACCCUCAGUUCAUAGACAUCUUCUCGAACAGACCGAUCGUGAGGACGUUGAGAAAGAAUAUCGAAAAACAUAUCAAACAGGAUCUCAAUCAUUAUUCUUCGCUCAUUGUAAAGAUCCAAACCAAACAUGGCUUCCACUUCUCGAAAAGGCAUAUGCUAAAGCACAUGGGGAUUAUCAUUCUUUGAGUGGAGGAUGGAUAGGAGAGGGAGUUGAAGAUAUAACUGGAGGUGUAACUACGGAACUUCUCACUUCGGAUAUUCUUGAUACUGACGAGUUUUGGCAUAAUGAGAUUCUCAAUGUCAAUAAAGAAUUCAUUUUUGGUUGUUCUACAGGUCUUCUCGAUUAUGGUUAUGGUAACAGGGAUGGGAUAUCUGAAGGUCACGCAUAUGUUAUUAUGGAGGCUAGAGAGUUAUCUACGGGCGAGCGUCUUCUUAAACUACGAAAUCCUUGGGGAAAAGUGAAAAAAGGUAACUGGGAAGGUCCAUGGUCAGAUGGAAGUAAGGAAUUUACUCCUGAAGCUCAGAUAGAGCUUAAUCAUCAAUUUGGAAAUGAUAGUGUAUUCUGGAUUUCAUAUCAGGAUUUAUUACGGAAAUAUCAACACUUCGAUCGCACACGGUUAUUCAUGGAUAGUCCUGAUUGGCGAUUGACUCAGGAGUGGAUCAGCGUAGAAGUUCCUUGGAGAUCCGAAUUCGAACAAAAAUUCAUGAUAGUACUCAAAAAGGAAUCACCAAUAGUACUAGUCAUGAGUCAACUUGACGAUAGGUAUUUUAUAGGUCUACGUGGUCAAUACACCUUCAGAUUACAGUUCCGUCUCCAUGACAUCAAUUCUCCUGAUGAAGAAGAUUACAUUGUACGAAGCCAUGGGAAUUAUCUUAUGAGCAGAAGUGUGGUUACUGAAUUGAAGAGUCUUCCCGCUGGAACUUAUUCAGUAUUCAUGAUGGUUAUAGCAGAAAGGGACAAAAGUCGUCCAAGUGUUGAAGAUGUCGUGAGAGGAGAAUUACGUCGAAGGGAAGAUAAUGAAAAAUUGGCUCAAGUCGGAACCGCUUAUGAUUUGGCUCAUAGUAAAGGAUUAGCUCAUAUGGAAGCAAAAAAUAAACUCAGAAAAGCUCGAGAUAAGGCAAAAGCUCGAGAGUCAAGGAUUGCUCAACGGAAAGUUCUUUGGGAGAAAAGACAUAACACUCGAGAGAUAGUAAGGAAGCAAGAGAAAAAGAACAGAGAGAAGCGUGAAAGUAAGGAAGUAAAGGAUGCUGAAGAUGCAAAAAAGAAAAGAGAACAAGGACCAAAGGAUCAAGGUGUUCAAACGGAAGACAUUCCAGAAGUUCAAGUCGAGAAACAUGAUAAAUCAAUACAAACUGAAGAACACCUGGAGGAAUCAACGAACAAUGUUACACACACGGAAAUUACAAAUGAAAGGGAUAAAGCAGUUCAAACCGAAGAUUUAACACCAUCUUCUAACGAAUCUCAAGCAACUCCUAUAACUCCAAAAAGUAACGGUUCAUCUCCUCAUUCACCAUACACAGUGAAUCCAGAACAUCAUCAUGGAUCACCACCUCCACCUCCACCUCCAAAUCCCAAUACCCAUCACAGAAAUUCCCACAAUCUAGCAAACCCCAGUCGAGAACCUCCGCCAAGACUAGCACCAGGACCAUAUAUCACAUCCGAAGGCGAAUCAAGCGCAAGUCCAAUAUCCAAUUACGAUAUGUACAGCGAUGAAGAUCCAAGUCUUAAACCACGAAAUCCACCGAAUGAGCUGAGAUUAGCAAGGGAAAAGUAUGAGGAUGAGGAUGGGGAUGGGGAUGGAAAUGGGGAUGAGGAGGAGGUAGAACCGUGGAAUGCGGUUUGUAUUGUGGGGUUGAGGGUUUAUUGUAAGGAUGAGGGGGUGGUUUUGAGGGUUUGGGGGGAGGGUGGGGAUGGUGGUUGGUUGGAGGGGGAGGGAGAGGAGAAGGAGAAGGAGAAGGAGAAGGAGAAGGAGAAGGAGAAGGAGAAGGAGAAGGAGAAGGAGAAGGAGAAGGAGAAGGAGAAGGAGAAGGAGAAGGAGAAGGAGAAGGAGAAGGAGAAGGAGAAGGAGAAGGAGAAGGAGAAGGAGAAGGAGAAGGAGAAGGAGAAGGAGAAGGAGAAGGAGAAGGAGAGGGAGAAGGAUAUGGCGAUUGAGGGUGACGUGGAGGAUGGUGGGGAGGAUGGUGGGGAGGAUGAGGAUGCUGAGGGAAGGAAAAGGGUGCGGAAGAUGGGAAAGCGAGGAAAGAGAAAUAUACUAGUGGGAAGGAGUUAG